AUGUCCAUCCAAGUUGAACAUCCUGCUGGUGGUUACAAGAAACUGUUUGAAACUGUGGAGGAACUGUCCUCACCACUCACAGCUCAUGUUACAGGCAGGAUCCCCCUUUGGCUCACUGGCAGUCUCCUUCGAUGUGGGCCAGGACUCUUUGAAGUUGGAUCUGAACCAUUUUACCACCUGUUUGAUGGGCAAGCCCUCCUGCACAAGUUUGACUUUAAAGAAGGACAUGUCACAUAUCAUAGAAGGUUCAUCCGCACUGAUGCUUACGUUCGGGCAAUGACUGAGAAAAGGAUCGUCAUAACGGAAUUUGGCACUUGUGCUUUCCCAGAUCCCUGCAAGAAUAUAUUUUCCAGGUUUUUUUCUUACUUUCGAGGAGUGGAGGUCACUGACAAUGCCCUUGUUAACAUCUACCCAGUAGGGGAAGAUUACUAUGCCUGCACAGAGACCAACUUCAUUACAAAGAUUAAUCCUGAGACCUUGGAGACAAUUAAACAGGUUGAUCUUUGCAACUAUGUCUCUGUCAAUGGAGCCACUGCUCACCCCCAUAUUGAAAGUGAUGGAACUGUGUACAACAUUGGUAAUUGCUUUGGGAAAAAUUUUUCAAUUGCCUACAAUAUUGUAAAGAUCCCUCCACUACAAGCAGACAAGGAAGAUCCAAUAAGCAAGUCAGAGGUCGUUGUACAAUUCCCCUGCAGUGACCGAUUCAAGCCAUCUUACGUCCAUAGUUUUGGUUUGACUCCCAACUAUAUUGUUUUUGUGGAGACGCCAGUCAAAAUUAACCUGUUCAAGUUCCUUUCUUCAUGGAGUCUUUGGGGAGCCAACUACAUGGAUUGUUUUGAGUCCAAUGAAACCAUGGGGGUUUGGCUUCAUAUUGCUGACAAGAAGAGAAGAAAGUAUCUCAAUAAUAAAUACAGGACCUCUUCUUUUAAUCUUUUCCAUCACAUCAAUACUUACGAAGACAGUGAGUUUCUGAUUGUGGAUCUCUGUUGCUGGAAAGGAUUUGAAUUUGUGUAUAAUUACCUAUAUUUAGCCAAUUUACGUGAGAACUGGGAAGAAGUGAAAAAAAAUGCCAGAAAGGCUCCCCAGCCUGAAGUCAGGAGAUACGUACUUCCUCUGAAUAUUGACAAGGCUGACACAGGCAAGAAUUUAGUCACACUCCCCAACACAACUGCCACUGCAAUUCUGUGCAGUGACGAGACUAUCUGGCUGGAACCUGAGGUUCUCUUUUCAGGGCCUCGCCAAGCAUUUGAGUUUCCUCAAAUCAAUUACCAGAAGUAUGGUGGGAAACCUUACACAUACGCGUAUGGACUUGGCCUGAAUCACUUUGUUCCAGACAGGCUCUGUAAGCUGAAUGUUAAAACUAAAGAAACUUGGGUAUGGCAAGAGCCUGAUUCAUACCCAUCAGAACCCAUCUUUGUUUCUCACCCAGAUGCCUUGGAGGAAGAUGAUGGUGUAGUUCUGAGUGUGGUGGUGAGCCCUGGGGCAGGACAAAAGCCCGCUUAUCUUCUGAUUCUGAAUGCCAAGGACUUGAGUGAAGUUGCCAGGGCUGAAGUGGAGAUUAACAUCCCUGUUACCUUUCAUGGGCUGUUCAAAAAAUCCUGA